AUGUUGAACAAUAUUUGCCUGAAUUUACCUGAGCCACUGUCCUCUAAUGGCCUCGACGAGGGCAGGAAGCCGACGGCUUGUCGAAGGUCCCCUAUAUGUGCUGAUGAUUUUAUCCAGUUGGAUGUUGGCACUUGUGGGCACCAAGAGAUACAGGCACCAAGAGAUACAGGCACCAAGAGAUACAGGCACCAAGAGAUACAGGCACCGAGAGAUACAGACACCAAGAGAUACAGGCACCAAGAGAUGCAGGCACCAAGAGAUACAGACACCGAGAGAUACAGACACCAAGAGAUACAGGCACCAAGAGAUACAGGCACCAAGAGAUACAGGCACCAAGAGAUACAGGCACCAAGAGAUACACACACCAAGAGAUACAGACACCGAGAGAUACAGACACCGAGAGAUACAGACACCGAGAGAUACAGACACCGAGAGAUACAGACACCGAGAGAUACAGACACCGAGAGAUACACACACCAAGAGAUACAGGCACCAAGAGAUACAGGCACCAAGAGAUACACACACCAAGAGAUACAGACACCGAGAGAUACAGACACCGAGAGAUACAGACACCAAGAGAUACAGGCACCAAGAGAUACACACACCAAGAGAUACAGGCACCGAGAGAUACAGGCACCAAGAGAUACAGGCACCAAGAGAUACAGGCACCAAGAGAUACAGACACCAAGAGAUACAGGCACCAAGAGAUACACACACCAAGAGAUACAGGCACCAAGAGAUACACACACCAAGAGAUACAGGCACCGAGAGAUACAGGCACCAAGAGAUACAGGCACCAAGAGAUACAGGCACCAAGAGAUACAGACACCAAGAGAUACAGGCACCAAGAGAUACACCAAGAUAUACAGGCACCGAGAGAUACAGGCACCAAGAGAUACAGGCACCAAGAGAUACAGGCACCAAGAGAUACAGGCACCAAGAGAUACAGGCACCAAGAGAUACACACACCAAGAGAUACAGGCACCAAGAGAUACAGACACCGAGAGAUACAGACACCGAGAGAUACAGACACCAAGAGAUACAGGCACCAAGAGAUACACACACCAAGAGAUACAGGCACCGAGAGAUACAGACACCGAGAGAUACAGACACCAAGAGAUACAGGCACCAAGAGAUACAGGCACCAAGAGAUACAGGCACCAAGAGAUACAGGCACCAAGACAUACAGGCACCAAGAGAUACAGGCACCAAGAGAUACAGGCACCAAGAGAUACACACACCAAGAGAUACAGGCACCGAGAGAUACACACACCAAGAGAUACAGGCACCAAGAGAUACAGGCACCAAGAGAUACACACACCAAGAUAUACAGGCACCAAGAGAUACACACACCAAGAGAUACAGGCACCGAGAGAUACACACACCAAGAGAUACAGGCACCAAGAGAUACAGGCACCAAGAGAUACAGACACCAAGAGAUACAGGCACCAAGAGAUACAGACACCAAGAGAUACAGGCACCAAGAGAUACACACACCAAGAGAUACACACACCAAGAGAUACAGGCACCAAGAGAUACAAGCACCAAGAGAUACAGGCACCAAGAGAUACAGGCACCAAGAGAUACAGGCACCAAGAGAUACACACACCAAGAGAUACAGGCACCGAGAGAUACAGGCACCAAGAGAUACAGGCACCAAGAGAUACAGGCACCGAGAGAUACAGGCACCAAGAGAUACAGGCACCGAGAGAUACAGGCACCAAGAGAUACACACACCAAGAGAUACAGGCACCAAGAGAUACAGGCACCAAGAGAUACAGGCACCAAGAGAUACACACACCAAGAGAUACAGGCACCAAGAGAUACAGACACCGAGAGAUAGACACCGAGAGAUACAGGCACCAAGAGAUACAGGCACCAAGAGAUACACACACCAAGAGAUACAGGCACCGAGAGAUACAGGCACCAAGAGAUACAGGCACCAAGAGAUACACACACCAAGAGAUACAGGCACCAAGAGAUACAGACACCAAGAGAUACAGACACCAAGAGAUACACACACCAAGAGAUACAGGCACCAAGAGAUACAGACACCGAGAGAUACAGACACCGAGAGAUACAGACACCGAGAGAUACAGGCACCGAGAGAUACAGGCACCAAGAGAUACAGGCACCAAGAGAUACAGGCACCAAGAGAUACAGGCACCAAGAGAUACACACACCAAGAGAUACAGGCACCAAGAGAUACAGGCACCAAGAGAUACAGACACCGAGAGAUACAGACACCGAGAGAUACAGACACCGAGAGAUACAGACACCGAGAGAUACAGACACCGAGAGAUACAGACACCGAGAGAUACAGACACCGAGAGAUACAGGCACCAAGAGAUACAGGCACCAAGAGAUACAGGCACCAAGAGAUACACACACCAAGAGAUACAGGCACCAAGAGAUACACACACCAAGAGAUACAGACACCAAGAGAUACAGGCACCAAGAGAUACAGGCACCAAGAGAUACAGACACCAAGAGAUACACACACCAAGAGAUACAGGCACCAAGAGAUACACACACCAAGAGAUACAGGCACCAAGAGAUACACACACCAAGAGAUACAGGCACCAAGAGAUACACACACCAAGAGAUACAGGCACCAAGAGAUACACACACCAAGAGAUACAGGCACCAAGAGAUACACACACCAAGAGAUACAGGCACCAAGAGAUACACACACCAAGAGAUACAGGCACCAAGAGAUACACACACCGAGAGAUACAGACACCGAGAGAUACAGACACCGAGAGAUACAGGCACCGAGAGAUACAGGCACCACCUUCAUCACACAGAAGUGCACCAAGAGAUACAGUCACCGAGAGAUACAGUCACCGAGAGAUACAGUCACCGAGAGAUACAGUCACCGAGAGAUACAGUCACCGAGAGAUACAGUCACCGAGAGAUACAGUCACCGAGAGAUACAGUCACCGAGAGAUACAGUCACCGAGAGAUACAGUCACCGAGAGAUACAGUCACCGAGAGAUACAGUCACCUGAGAUACAGUCACCUGAGAUACAGUCACCUGAGAUACAGUCACCAGAGAUACAGUCACCGGAGAUACAGUCACCGGAGAUACAGUCACCGAGAGAUACAGUCACCGAGAGAUACAGUCACCGAGAGAUACAGUCACCGAGAGAUACAGUCACCGAGAGAUACAGUCACCGAGAGAUACAGUCACCGAGAGAUACAGUCACCGAGAGAUACAGUCACCGAGAGAUACAGUCACCGAGAGAUACAGUCACCGAGAGAUACACCACACCGAGAGAUACAGUCACCGAGAGAUACAGUCACACCGAGAGAUACAGUCACCGAGAGAUACAGUCACCGAGAGAUACAGUCACCGAGAGAUACAGUCACCGAGAGAUACAGUCACCGAGAGAUACAGUCAGUCACCGAGAGAUACAGUCACCGAGAGAUACAGUCACCGAGAGAUACAGUCACCGAGAGAUACAGUCACCGAGAGAUACAGUCACCGAGAGAUACAGUCACCGAGAGAUACAGUCACCGAGAGAUACAGUCACCGAGAGAUACAGUCACCGAGAGAUACAGUCACCGAGAGAUACAGUCACCGAGAGAUACAGUCACCGAGAGAUACAGUCACCGAGAGAUACAGUCACCGAGAGAUACAGUCACCGAGAGAUACAGUCACCGAGAGAUACAGUCACCGAGAGAUACAGUCACCGAGAGAUACAGUCACCGAGAGAUACAGUCACUGAGAGAUACAGUCACCGAGAGAUACAGUCACCGAGAGAUACAGUCACCGAGAGAUACAGUCACCGAGAGAUACAGUCACCGAGAGAUACAGUCACCGAGAGAUACAGUCACCGAGAGAUACAGUCACCGAGAGAUACAGUCACCGAGAGAUACAGUCACCGAGAGAUACAGUCACUGAGAGAUACAGUCACCGAGAGAUACAGUCACCGAGAGAUACAGUCACCGAGAGAUACAGUCACCGAGAGAUACAGUCACCGAGAGAUACAGUCACCGAGAGAUACAGUCACCGAGAGAUACAGUCACCGAGAGAUACAGUCACUGAGAGAUACAGUCACCGAGAGAUACAGUCACCGAGAGAUACAGUCACCGAGAGAUACAGUCACCGAGAGAUACAGUCACCGAGAGAUACAGUCACUGAGAGAUACAGUCACCGAGAGAUACAGUCACCGAGAGAUACAGUCACCGAGAGAUACAGUCACCGAGAGAUACAGUCACCGAGAGAUACAGUCACCGAGAGAUACAGUCACCGAGAGACAUGAUUAA